AUGGUGUUGAUGCUGCUCCUUGAACACAGCAUUUGCAAUGUAUUGGAAUAUGUGCUGACUCCCGAUGCAAUUAUUGUUAUGAAUUGGAAAUGGAUACUAUAUUUCUAUCAAGAUUUUGAGGUCAUUGUGUUUUGCAUCUUGGUGUUAAAUGUUAAAAGCAGACUCAGAGCAGUAAAUGAGUAUCUGAAAAAGUUUAUAAAAGACCAAAACAAUGUAAACUUCAAUGUUUUCACCAUAACUGAAGUAAAUCGUCAGAAGAAUCUUCAGACAAAAUUAAAUUUGGUUAAGAAAAUACCACUCAAAGAGUUGGCUAUAACUUACGAUGCCAUCGGAGAACUCUGUAGUUCCAUCAAUCAAGUUUCUAAUUACCAGAUCUUCAUGACGUUGAUAACGACAUUCUUUUACGUGGUUAUGGCAAUCUGGACUACGAUAUACCAGUAUCGUCUGAAUCGAGACGUGUCUGCAUCAGUAGUUAUGACUAUCGUCUGGGUAGCAAGUGGAAUGGUGGCUAUUGUCGCUAUAGGGAUUGUCUGCGACCGACUUAUGACGGCGAGAAGAGACACUAUAGUUCUGGUCAAUGAAAUUAUAAUGGAUUCAAGUCUACCCAAAGCUUUGAGAGGACAGGCUAAGAUGUUCAUGCAGUUGAUAGAAGCAUGGCCGCUGGAAAUGUACAUCUACGAUAUGUUCGCUAUUGAUUUGAAACUCAUCUUGAAGUUUUCCAGUGUGUGUACGACGUAUAUGAUCAUUAUUAUACAGCUUUCUCACUUCACUAAAAUCUAA